CCAAAGAUGCUAAAUAGGCAUUGAAAACUUGGAGCGAGUGUUUGGGGAAAAUGUGCAACAAACUGAUAAGGGAUGAUGAAUGUUAGUGUAUUUUGAAAUGGAAUAACACACUAAAGGGGUAAACAUUAUGGAGCAAUUAAUGAGAGGAACAUUCGGGUACCGAGUGGUGCUCGUGCGGCGCAGUGGUGGUGCAGCUGUGCCGAUGGUACGCUGGCUGUGCCACCUACACGGGCGCGCCGGCUACCACCCGCACCGCCGGCACGCCAGUCCUCUGCUGCUGCAACCGCGUGCGCCGGCCGGUGCCUACGUGCCACGGAGGGGCGUGGCGAUGUUCGUCGCUAGAAUCUUGCGAGGGGCGUUGAAAAUUCGCUACCUGCUGCUCGGCGGUGCUGUCGGAGGUGGUGUGACACUGAACAAGACGUACGAGAAGUGGAGAGACUCCAUCCCGGACAUGGGCUGGCUAAGUGACAUGUUCCCCGACACAGACCAGUGGAACAGCUUCCGCUCGUCACUGUCGGAGGUGAAGGACAGCAUUCGCGACAGUAUAGACCUCGACCCUAGGAUCUACAAGCUAGGAGAGGCAAAGAUGCGGGGCUUCCGGGAGUGGUUCAACAGCCGACUGCAGGACGCGAUCGACGCGGCGGAGCGGGAGGAGGGGCUGCGGCCGCUCCCGCCCGGCGAGUCUGACGACAGCUUCUCGGCCAACCUCGCCUCCAGUUUCCAGACACUGACUGCUUUUCUGGAGAGAUUAAUAGAAGAGGCAAAACCAGAUUUGAAACUGAAUGCUGCAGAUCCAAAAUACGACGAGGCAAGGAAGAGGCAGGAGACGUCGGAGCAGCGCAUGGAGCACCUGCAGGACGAGCUGAUCCAGGUGCAGCUGCGCUACCAGAAGGAGCUGGAGCGGCUGGAGCGCGAGAACAAGGACCUGCGCCGCCAGAUGCUGCUGCGCGCCAGCGCGGGGCAGCUGCCCGCCAAGAAGAUCAAGAAGUCGCUGAUCGACAUGUACUCGGAGGUUCUGGACGAGCUGAGUGGCUACGACUCGAGCUACAACACGCAGGACCACCUGCCGCGCGUAGUCGUCGUGGGUGACCAGAGCUCGGGCAAGACGUCCGUGCUCGAGAUGAUUGCACAGGCCCGCAUCUUCCCCAGAGGAGCGGGUGAGAUGAUGACCCGGGCACCCGUGAAGGUGACUCUGAGUGAGGGUCCGUACCACGUCGCCCAGUUCCGUGACAGCGCCCGCGAGUUCGACCUCACCAAGGAGUCCGACUUGGCCGAGCUACGGAGGGAGGUCGAGAUCCGCAUGCGGAACACCGUAAGGGAUGGAAAGACAGUGAGCAGUGAGGUGAUCUCGAUGACAGUGAAGGGUCCCGGCCUGCACAGGAUGGUGCUCGUCGACCUGCCGGGCAUUAUCAGUACGCAGACAACCGACAUGGCCACAGACACGCGGGAGGCGAUCCGGCAGAUGUCACAGGCGUACAUGUCGAACCCGAAUGCCAUCAUCCUGUGCAUCCAGGACGGCUCGGUGGAUGCGGAGCGCUCCAACGUGACCGACCUCGUCGCACAGAUGGACCCUCAGGGCAAGCGCACCAUCUUCGUGCUCACCAAGGUCGACAUGGCCGAGGAGUCGCUCGCCAAUCCGGAGAGGAUGAAGAAGAUCCUGGCAGGCAAACUGUUCCCGAUGAAGGCGUUGGGCUACUUUGCUGUGGUGACUGGUCGUGGCCAACAGGACGACUCCAUCCAGAGCAUCAAAGAGUAUGAGGAGCGAUUCUUCAGGAACUCCAAGCUCUUCAAGGAUGGAGUGGUGAUGCCAAACCAGGUGACGACACGCAACCUGAGCAUGGCGGUUUCGGAAUGCUUCUGGAAGAUGGUGCGUGAGACUGUGGAGCAGCAGGCAGAUGCCUUCAAGGCGACGCGCUUCAACCUGGAGACUGAGUGGAAGAACAACUUCCCCAGGUUGCGCGAGCUGGACCGGGACGAGCUAUUCGAGAAGGCGCGUGGUGAGAUCCUGGACGAGGUGAUCAACCUGAGCCAGGUGCCGCCUCGUCGCUGGGAGGAGCUGCUGAUGCGCAAGCUCUGGGAGAAGGUGUCGACACACGUCUUCGAGAACAUCUACCUGCCCGCCGCCCAGACCGGCAACCAAGGCACGUUCAACACGACGGUGGACAUCCGACUGCGGCAGUGGGCGGACCAGCAGCUGCCGCAGAAGUCGGUGGAGGCCGGCUGGGAGGUGCUGAGCGACGAGUUCCAGGCCUUCAUGCAGGCGGCGAGCCGCAGCAAGGACCACGACGACAUCUUCGACAGCCUCAAGGCGGCCGUGGUGGCCGACGCCAUGCAGCGCCACUCCUGGGAGGCCAAGGCUUCUGAGAUGCUGAGAGUUCUCCAGCUAAACACCCUGGAGGACCGCUCGAUAGCGGAGAAGCGUUACUGGGACGAUGCUGUAAGGUUCCUGGAGGCGAGUGUCAAGGACAAGCUGGAGUCUACAGACAAGAUCCUGAAGGAGAUGCUGGGCCCGGGCUUCUACGAGCGGUGGGUGUACUGGAGCUACCAGACGGCGGACCAGGCCCUGCGGUCGGCAGUCAAGACCGAGCUGGACAAGAUCCUCUACAGCGACCAUAAACACUCGCCGUCGCUGUCGUACGACGAGUUGGCAGCUGUGCGCAAGAACCUGCAGCGGACAAAGAUCGACGUGGACUUCGAGUUCAUCCGAGAGACGUGGUAUCCCGUCUUCAGGAAACACUUCCUGAAACAGAGCCUGGCCCGUGCCUACGACUGUCGCAAGCUGUACUACAUGUACCACCAGGGCCACGAAAAGGAGGUGGACUGUGCGGAUGUGGUGCUCUUCUGGAGGAUCCAGCAGAUGCUGAAGGUGACGGCCAACGCUCUCAGGCAGCAGGUCAUGAACAGGGAAGCACGGAGGCUGGACAAGGAGAUCAAGGAAGUGCUGGAGGAGUACAGCCAGGACCAGGAGAAGAAGGAGAAGCUGCUGACCGGGAGGCGCGUCACGCUGGCCGAGGAGCUCAAGAGGGUGCGGCAGAUCCAGGAGAAGCUAGAAGACUUCAUCCAGGCGCUCAACAAGGAGAAGUGAGCGGGCGCCGCGGCGACUCCGGGAGGAAGGUGACUGUGUGUGUGUGUGUAUACGUGUGUGUCAGUUUUCAGCCUUGCUGCAAACCUUAAUCUAAGUUAAUUUAUUUGAUUCGGCAGAGGAACAACGCCUGCCUCAGUCUACGGCAAUGUGAAGGGCAGACAGACUGCCACCACACUGUCGAAUACAUUGAGUAGUACUGCAGUUCUCCCAAUCUGUGGGAGCGGCAGUCGUUUUCAGAGCCUCGAACUACGUUAUAACCAUUUCGAAACUAUUGAGAAAUAAUUUACAGGCACGGCACAAGUAAUUUUCAAUGCGGAAUACUCUAUAAUUUAUCUAACAUUAGCAUUCCGACUUGCACCACGAAACCUUUUGUAGUGUUUUAGAUGUGUCCACAAAAAUUGUAUAAAUUAAGUGAAGCCUCUCUUUUGUAAAAUAUAUGUACAUAUAUGUGUAAUAAAGAAUUGUAGCUCUCUCA